UAAUUGCCAAGAGUAAAAAUGUAAAGAAAUGAAACAUUGGUAGCCACGAGGAGCCCCUGUUUCAGAUGGAGGUCGUUUCAAAAGAGAUGACGGCCUAAAUCGGAAAGCAUGGAGAAGGGAAAGAAAGUCGAAGAGGAUAUAGAUUCAGAUGCUAGUGAUGAAAGCUAUUAUUCUGGGUUAGAGGAAGAAGAUGAGACAUCAGAGGAUGAAGCAGACAGAAGUGGAGAGGUAACAGAUGAUGAAAAUGACAACGAUUCUUAUCAAUCAGAGGAUAAUGAAAAUGAUAUAGAUUUAUUGAAAAGUAUAGAAGAUAAUGACUCAAGUCCAGAAUCCAUUGAAUCUGAAGAGGAUGCCCCAAUCAGCACUUCCUUUGGUGACAGCACAGAUAAAAUUGCAAAUGAUGAAGCACAGAUCGAAGACACAUUAAAAAGAAAGAAACCUCUAGGAGGAGGACCAACUGCAAAUUCUACUAACGACUUUGAUGAAGCUGAUACUUCUGAUGAAGAGGAAAUACGCAACACUGUUGGUAACAUUCCAAUGGAAUGGUACAGAGAUUAUUCGCACAUUGGCUAUGACAUCAGAGGACAGAAAAUAGCCAGACCUGUACAGGGUGAUGCGCUUGAGAACUUUCUUGCAACACAAGAUGACCCAGAUUUCUGGAGGACAGUACGUGAUCAUACGAAUGAAGAAAAUAUCAGACUUACAGAUGAAGAUUUAGAAAUCAUGCAGAAUAUUCAGUCAUCAAGGUUUCCAGAAAAAGGCUUUGAUCCUUAUGAGCCAUACGUGGAUUGGUUUACUGGAGAAAAAAUGAUCCAUCCUAUUAAAGACAAUCCGGAAGCAAAAAGUAGUUUUAUUCCAUCGAAAUGGGAACACAAACGGAUAAUCAAGAUCGUGCGUGCGAUAAGAAAUGGUUGGAUUAAACCAAAGUCUGUGAAAACAGAAAGUAAUAAGUUUUACUUGAUGUGGAGGAAUGAUGAUACGGCAAGGAAAGAUCAUCCAAUGCACUGGCCAGCGCCAAAGAUGAAGCUUCCAGGACACGACGAAUCAUAUAACCCACCGCCAGAAUAUUUGAUGACUGAGGAAGAGUUGAAGCAAUGGGAAGAUACGGACCCUCUCGAUCGCCAAAGGAAUUUCGUGCCGAAAAAAUACGACUGUUUACGAAAGGUUCCUGCAUACUCGAAUUUCAUCGAAGAACGAUUUGAGCGCUGUCUCGAUUUGUAUUUAUGUCCUCGUCAACGGCGUGUUCGGUUACAAGUUGAUCCCGAGGAUUUGAUUCCGAAGCUUCCAAAACCACGUGACCUGCAGCCAUUCCCAUCAAGCGUUGCGUUGGUUUAUCAUGGACAUACAGCACCUGUAAACGGCAUAACUAUCGACCCAACUGGACAGUGGCUUGCGUCGGGUAGUGCAGAUAACACUGUCCGCCUAUGGGAAGUUGCAACUUGCCGUUGUUUGAAGACCAUUAAGUUUGAGGACGGAAUCAAAUUUAUAGAAUGGAGCCCAAGUGCAUCGUUUUCGCUAAUAGCGGUUGCCGUGGGAAAAUCGUUGUUUAUAUUGAAUCCACAUCUGGGAGACAAGCUGGUGUCGCAGAACACAGAAAAUAUAUUGUCCGGUUCCGAGAACACUAGUGAAGAUAAUGAGAAAGUAACUUGGGCAGUUCCUCCACUACAAAGGAGAAACCAAGGUGUGAGAAUCCAAAUUUCACACGAAAAGGUCAUAGAGCAAGGCGCCUGGCACAAAAAGGGUGAUUACUUUGCAUUGGUACUGGCUGAUGGUGGCUCACAGUCAGUCGUCAUUCAUCAAAUAACCAAGCGAAAAAGCCAGAUGCCAUUCAAAAAACCAGGAGGUCUUGUCCAAUGUGUCCAGUUUCAUCCAAUCAAGCCGUUCCUUUACGUAGCAACGCAAAGCUUUAUACGUAUCUAUCACCUUCAAAAGCAAGAGUUGAUAAAAAAACUUGCUUCUGGUGUCAAAUGGAUCUCCAGUAUGGAUGUCCACCCGCAAGGCGACAACUUAAUAAUUGGAAGUUAUGACAAAAGACUAUGUUGGUUUGAUAUUGAUUUGUCUGCAAAGCCUUACAAAACGCUAAGGCACCACAAGAAAGCUGUGCGACAAGUCAAAUACCACCAACGAUACCCAUUGUUUGCAUCAGCUAGUGAUGAUGGAUCCGUGAUUAUCUGUCACGGAAAAGUCUUCAGUGACUACAUGCAAAAUCCUCUCAUAGUCCCAGUGAAGGUCAUUCGGUGUCAUACGCCUAAUGGAGAUAUCGGUGUUACAGACUGCGUAUUCCAUCCCUCGCAGCCAUGGAUUUUUACAGCCGGUGCUGAUAACACUAUAAAACUUUGUACUUGAAGGUUGCAUGUAUGUAUGGUUUAUAAUUAUUUUAAUCACGGGAGGUGAA